AUGGUUGCAGAGGAAGUGAUAAUUUCCUUAUCCGGGGGUGCGCCAUGGGGGUUUCGUCUCCAGGGAGGCGCGGAGCAUCAGAAACCACUUCAGGUGGCGAAGGUGCGUAAGCGCAGUAAGGCGUGCAGGGCGGAUCUACGGGAGGGUGACGAGCUGGUGUCCAUCAAUGAGGAGCCAUGUGGAUCACUGUCUCACGCCCAGGCCAUGAACCUCAUCGACAGCUCCAAUGGGAUAUUACACAUCCGGGUCAAAAGGGUGCCGGCUGGCUUUCAGUCUGUGGUGCUUGUGACCCGCGCCCCAUCUCCCCGUAUAGACAAAGAGUACCGGGCUGCUCUGCGUGCUAUGUCCCCCUCCCACCUCCACCAUGCAUCUGUCCGGGAGAUCCACCGCAGCCGCUCCUCCCUCACCAGUGGCCUGACAUCUCCACCUGGUAGUGAGGCCUACUAUGGUGAGACUGACAGUGAUGCAGAUGUGGCGGGCUAUGCGAGGCAGCGCCGGCAGAAACGCCGCAGCCCCAGCAACUCCAACGCCGGCAAACCGACAGGAAGAACCUCUGCUGAGGGGGGGGAGACAUCAGAGAUGAGCGGCUACGACAGUGCUCCAGAUGCACACACUUACCCCCCUUUGUUGGACGGUAAUGGAGGAGGUGGGCUACCGGGGGUGGCGAGGAGGGAGGUGAUUUACCAGCCUCCUGUUCCUGGAUUGUGGUCCUCCCAAACAUCCACUGAGACCUCCUCCAUCAUCUCCUCAGCAGAUGACCAGGGGCCACGGGACGGAGGGCAAGAGGAGGACAGUGGCUUCCUAGAGCCGUCCAACGUGCCCCUGGUGUCCCCUGAGAGGGCAAAGGAGGCUAUGAUGCUGAGCUCCCGCAGCCAACUAGUGCCUAUGGUGGGUCCUCUGAGUAAACCCCUUGACGAGGAGCUCACAACAACCUACGUGGAAAAGGCAAAGCAAGCCAAACUGAACCGAGGAGACACUGGGCAAGACAAACAAGUAAAAGAAGCCAAAACCAAGUGUCGAACAAUUGCAUCCCUUCUGACUGAUGCUCCCAACCCUCACUCCAAGGGCGUACUGAUGUUCAAGAAGAGACGACAACGCUCUAAGAAGUAUACUCUCACCAGCUUUGGCAGUGUGGAUGAGGACAGGUUUCAGGACUCACAAGAAGAGGAUGGGGCAUUCUUAGGGAGUGAAUCAGAUGUUGACGAAGAUGGCUUCUCAGCAGUUCCUGACACAACUUGGGAUAGUGACUACUUGGAUAUGCUGGAGAAGAGGGCAACUGCAGGCACUGAAGGUCGUGGAGAUGGGGUAGAGGAUGCUCCGAGUCCAGGGUUGAAUGACACUGCAGGCAAGGGUGCUCAAUUGUUUGAGCAACAGAGAAAGAGAGCGGCUGAGCAUGCAAAGAAGCUGGACGCAGCACAGCCUCUUGCUCCUCCACAGUUUCAAGACCAGGCUCAGAUGUACCAGAUGCAUCAAGAGAUGCAGGCCCAGAUGCAAUCAAAUCUUCAGCCUCAGCAGAUCAUACCACCAGGACCUGCACCCACACAACAAGAAGUGUUCCAGGCUGCAGGACAAGUUGCUGUUGGCGUCCAUCGGGUGGCCAACGGGGAGGUAUCCUACUCGUCAGUUAGUGCAGCUAGCAUGGUGAUGUCACCUCCACCUGUGGCACACAAACCUGCCACUGCCUCGAUAACUAUCCUGACAAGUCCUGCACCACCAGCUGAAACACCAUUACCAGAUAUACCUGCUAGUAAUGUUCUCAACAGAACGGCCCGUCCUUUCACUCCUGGCUUCAUCAGCAUCCGAUCUGCGACUGCCCCUGUGACGUUCCGACCACCAAUCACAAAGACAUAUCAACGUCCUGCCUCAGCAGCUGUUGUGCCACAGCCAUUCUCCACGGCCCCUGAACGAGCCUUUAAUGUUACACCGGCAUCAUCACAACUAUUCUCUCCUGGUCCUCCAACAAUGAUGUCCCCACCAUCCUCUGUACAUCACGGGAACUUUGCUCCAAAGCCAGAGGGUCAAGUUAAUUUUCAUCCCUCAGCCUUCUCUUCCUCCGUAGAGACAAUGCAGUCUGCACCAGUCCCUACAUUUCAUCAGGCUUCUUUUGCAACUAUUCCCCCUCUGUCGAUGCCUUCCAUACCACCAGCUCCCCAAGCGUUGAUGGUUUCAGCCCCUGUUCCUCCAGUACACCAAAUUCUUGGUCCAGCUGUUCCAUUUACCCAGGGGCCUCCACAUCAAGUACCAGUUGCUCAGUUCACUCCACCCCUAUUCUCAAUGGCCCCUGUAGCUCAAGUAGCAGUGGUCAACCAGCCAGAAGCAAUAGCUCCAACCCCUGUUCCUGGUGCAACAGGUCGCACAGGAAUCUUACUCGAGUCUCGGCGUCGUAGUAGCAACAACAAACCUAUGUUCAAUGUGCCAGAAGUCAAAAAGCACUCCCCAAAUCCUGAGCUGUUGUCUAUGGUGCAGAACCUGGAUGACAGGUUCACCCGACACAAAUAUGGCCAACAACCAACUGAGGAUAUUUAUGAUGCCGAAGAGGAAGACACAAGUGCUGAGGCUGGCACGGGCAGGCUACCUCCUCCAGUGGCACCCAAGCCUCGGGUCCUCCAAGAAGUCCCACAGAUUCUUAAAUCAGGAGGUAAGGGGGCAGAGCUAUUUGCCCGCAGGCAGAGCCGCAUGGGUAUGUAUGUCGUUGACACCCCACUAGAGACCCCUUACCAGCAGGAAGUGACCUUCCACAAUGCAUCCCGACCCCUUGACCCUUCCCUCAAUUGUUCCCAUCCAUCUCAGUGGAAAUAUUCCCCGAAUGUCCGUGCCCCCCCUCCCAUUGGGUACAACCCACUCCUGGGCCCCAGCAUACCCACAGGGCCUCAGAGGGAUGAAAGCAAGCCAGACAGCCGGGGUAGAACAGGCUCCCAAAGAGAUGGCAUCCAAACUCUGGAUUUCAUGAGAAGGCAGCCGUAUCAGCUCAACUCUGCCAUGUUUAACUAUGGGGGCAGUGUUGCCAAUCUAUCAGCCAUGCCUUCUUACCAGGCCCAGAGGCAACAGCAGGGCGAUUACUCAACAACAAUGGUUGGCAGCUCAUUGACCUCGCCUAAGCAGGUUCCCCUCAAAACAGCGCGUGUCUAUGAGAUCAAGCGAUUCUCCACACCCACACCCAUGUCAGCUCCCUCCCUGGCACCCAAAGUCAUUGCACCCCGCUCCUCCACUACCCUUGGUGAACGAUUGGUUUACUCCGGCAUGACCUCCCCACCUCCUGCUCCUCUCUUUACCCGAGCACCAGCCGCUGCCCCAGCUCAAAUUCCACCUCACUCGCAACCAGUUGGACUUCCCAGUCUCCCAAGAUUCUCAGCCACCCCUGUUGCAAACCAUGUGCCCUGUGCAGUCCCUACACCUUACACUCCAGUAGCCUACAGCACUGGGCUCCAGGCAGCCAAGCAGUUCCAGAGUGCCCCUGAGCUCAGUAUCCUGGCCUCUUUGCCCCCAGUCAAGUCCAACUCAGUUCAGGCGCCCAAACCACGUUUUGUUGCCACCAAGGGGGGCGUACACCCCCAUGUCUGGAGGCCCGGGGCAAUGUGA